AUGACGACCACAGACAAACAGGGGAAGUCAUGCAAGUCAAGUAGAUCGAUCAGUUCCACCAGAGCCAGUGACGUGAGUGAAGUAAACGAAAUAUAUCGAUCCCUACAAACAGAGAUUGCAACUUAUAAAAUAAAAAUAUUUCACUUAAAAUCGGAGGUACAAGUUCAGAGGAGCUACUUUCUCAAUGAGAGGAAGAAGAACGAGGAGUAUGGUAAAAUAUUGGGGAGGUUUUUAUUGGAACCAAGUAGUUGUUCACAAGGAGGAGAGGAGUGUAUAGGAUCACUGAACCUACUCGAAGUGGAAAAUAAAAAAUUGAGACAAGAAUUAGCUCUCAAGAAUAGCGAAGUUAUCGAAUUAAAUAAUGUGGUGAAUAACUUAAAAGAUCAGAAAAUAAUUUUCAUGCAUUCUCUACAGAACGAGUUAGAAGUAUGCAUGAACAAAGAAGCAGAGUCAUCUCUGAUGUUGCAUGCACAGACUAGGAGACUAGCCAAUACAAAUAAUUACAUAGCUAAGCAAAAUAAAGAGGUAUCUCAGCUGAAGGAGGACUUAAACAAAAUGGAGGAGACUUACGUUCUCCAUGUCCACAAAAUGGAGAAUCAGAUCAAGGAACUGCUCGAAGAAAGAAACGAAUUUAUUUCUACUGCCAAACGGUUAGAAGUAAUAAAUAUGGACAAUAAAAAAAAGGAUGAGGAGAUAUCGAAAUAUAAACAGAAGUGCAGAGAGUUAAGUGAUGAGCUGAACGACUUACUCAGAAUCGUUUCAACAGAGAGAGAAAAUAAGAGUGCCAACUUUGGUGCUUUCUACCAAGAUGGGGAUGUCAUUUCAUCGUUCACGUCCCUCAAGGAGGGGUUCAUCAGUGGGGGCACUCUCAAGGAGGGGUUCAUCAGUGGGGGCACCCCCAAGGAGGGGUUCAUCAGUGGGGGCACCCCCAAGGAGGGGUUCAUUAGUACCCUCGAUGGGGCCCCCCUCGGUGAAAACCGCCUCAGGGAGGAAAACUCCAUUUUGGCUAGACAACUAAAACAGCUAAUAGAACAGAACGAAGCCCUCAAAGCGGAACUAGCACAACGGGUACAGGAUCUCCAAGAGGUAGGAAGCCAAUUAGAUGGCCACAAACAAACCAUAAAAGUGAAGAACCAAAAUUAUGCUUUGCUUCUCGAGAGGUACAACAACUUGGAGAAAGAUUUCGAAAAUAUUCACCUCCUGUGUUUGCAACUGGAGGAGAGGUUCCGCGUCGAACAGAGCAACCAUGCGCAUGCAAGCGUGCAUGGAAGCGUGCAUGGAAGCGUAGGUGCAAGCGUAGGUGCAAGCGUAGGUGCAAGCAUAGAUGCAAGCGUAGGUGCAAACGGGAAGGCCAGUGCCAGGGGGAGCGGCAACCAUGAGCACCCGCUCAGCAGGAGCAACUUCUCCCUCAGUGACUUGGAGCUUAAUCACAGUCAGCUAAGCGAGAGUAACAUCCAACAUUACCAAAUUUUCUGCUCUGAGCUGCAACUGGAAAAUGAGUCCCUCAAACAGACAGUCCAACGACUCAAAAGCAAGAAUAGGAAGCUCACCACGAGCAUGGAGCUUCUCCUGCGCGAUUUGGUCACCGCGGGGGGUGCACCGCCUACAGAAACGUAUGAUAAAGUGGAGAGGGGAAAUCAGGCAGCCGCACAUGGUAGGGAAAGGGAAGGGGGAACUGGGGGGGAUCUCCAACCGGGGGAAGCCCGCACAACUGCUGAGUGCGCCCUGGAGAGUGCCCCGCCGAGCCCUAACCAAGAGGGGGGCCUCCAAAGAAGCCUCAGCCACCCCAGUUGCGAAGCAAACGAAGAGAAUCCCCCCCCAGGUGGAGGCCAGAAAAGUGGGUGCACCCAAACGGAGAAGCACCCCGUGGAGGGAACAACAGAACGGGGGAUCCAAACGGAGAAGCGCCCGGUGGAGGAAACCCCCCCGAGUGAGGAGAGAGAAAAAAAAAACGGGUGCACCCAAACGGAGGGAAAGGGAAGACCACUCGGCGAAGACACCCCCGAUCGAAAUGUCAUCAGUGAAGGGGUGAACACGGAGGAAAAAAUCUCGACGAGCAAGCAGGUCUACACGCAUGAGAACAGGUCGUUCGUGAGCUCCGGCACAAACACCAAUUUGAUCGACGUGGCACACGUGGGAGUCAACCCGAACAUGAUAGACGUAACCGACGUGGGAGUCAACCCGAACCCGAUCGACGUAACCGACGCGGGGGUGAACCCAAACCCGAUCGACGUAACCGACGUAGGGGUUAACCCUGAAGUAGAGACGAAGAGCACCCAACACAGAGAAGCACAAACGGAGGAAAUAAGCAAUCUUGUAAAAUUCACCCAAACGGAAGAAAGCAGCAGUGCCAACAGGGAAGUCCUCACAGACCUGCACGGCAUUAACAACUGCAGCAUCAAAAGGAUCAUGCUCGCAUGCAGUUCCUCGAAAAAUAAAAAGGUGCAAGUAACCACGACAACGAUGAAUGCCUCCGCUCAAACGGUGGAAAUUUCUCACCAUGGAAGGUACUACAACUGUGAUGCCUACCGAGGGGACGUCUUCUAUGAUGUACAAAGAGAUAGAAGCACCACGAGAAGGAUAAAAAAAAGGCAGUGUGUUAAGGGAUGUAAAAGGCUUUCUCUGUACUCAGAUGAAGCAUCUACUGGAGGAGACUUCUCAUGCGAAUCGUAUUCGACCUCGUCCACUAGUGUGUAUGCACGUUUUAGAUGCACCGAGAAAAAUAAAAAUAAAAAUAAAAUAAAAACUAAUGAUAUACCCACCAUUAGGAGUAAACAAAAAAAUGGAGAAUACGCUAUACGAAGAAGGUUCAAAGAGGAUGGAGCUUAUCUCCAUGAGGGAGACCACGUAGGUAUCAGGAAGGACCAGCUAGCUCUAUGUGACAGAAGGAGAGUUAACAGAAGCUGCAAAUAUAUGGGCACAUCUAGUACGUAUGCUUUGUCUAGGGGGAGAAAGGAUGAUCAGCGAGGAGGUACGGGAAAAAGGAUUCACAAAAAAGGAGAAAUGGACGAAGUAGAAUCGCUUAUUGAAAUUUUAAAAUAUUCCUCUGAAAGUUAUGAGUCUGACACGGAUGGCCACCACGACGUGAAUGGUCAUCGCGACGUGAAUGGUCACCGCGAUUUGCACCUUUGCAGAAGUGAGGAGAGCUUUUACGAAUGCCCUUCUGCAGACCACGCGAGGAUUCGCUUCAAACGGCUAGCGAAUCAGCAAAAAAGACACUCUCAUAGAACCCUUAAACAAAUGAGGGACGUCUCUGAGGAGGACUCCAUCGAAGGUGCGUACCCCCCCCAUGAGAGAAAUGAGAGAGCAACCCUGAGAGGGAGAAGCCAAAUAGUCAGGAGCAGUCUAAAAUGUCGCAGCUGUCGAGGAGGUCGCAGCUGUCGAGGCGAUCGAAGCUGUCCAGGCUGUCGAGGCUGCCACCCCCAGCGUGUCAUCGUCAAGGAAAACAAGCACGUACAAACGGGGGAGUACUUCCUCGAGAGUGAAUUUAACUACGACCCUAGCACCACCCCCAUGGGUUCACCCCAUUAUGACACAAAAAAAAAUAUAACAACUUUGAAGAAAAAGAUAAAGGAAUAUCUCAGUGAUUACUACCACACCGUCAUCAUUUGUGAGCAUUGCAAGGGGGUCUAUGUGGACUUUUUUAUUAUACAAGUUAUUCAUGAGUAUAUUGCUCGAGCUAAUUUUUGUCGUCGCUGCAGCUGCGGUGGUGGUGGGUUGGGUAACGCCGUUGGGGGGAAGGUGCAAGGCGCGCAGUGGGGUGCAGUCCAAUGGGAUGCUUCGCUGGGUGCGAGCGGAGAGUUGAGCGGCGAGUUGAGCGGCGAGUUGAGCGGCGAGUGUAGCGACCAGUUGAGCGGCGGGCAUAGCAGCGGGCAUAGCAGCAGACAUAGCAGCGGGCAUAGCAGCAGACAUAGCAGCGGGCAUAGCAGCAGGCACAGCAGCGGGCAUGGUUCUGACCAAACCGCUGCACUCGCCGCCAACCCGGGAGGGGACCCCCCCACGGUGGCACUCGAGUCCUUCCUAAUCAAACGCAUCCCCCUGAAACUACCCAUAUGCACGUGCACACUGGUGAAUUUGAAGUACAAAAAAAUUUUGGUGAGGAAGGAGGAGUCAGCACUGGGAAGAGGCGCGCAGGGCAGAGCGGCACUGGGUAGAACCGCGCAGGGAGGAGCGGCACGGGGGACCAACAGGAUACCCAGUAGACUGCCCAACCAACCAGGCAAGCGAAAGACGAAGAACCAAUCGGAAAAAAAACACACACACCAAAAGGAACUAAUGAACAAAGCACUACUCAUAAUUAACCAUAUGAGAGUAGAACUCAAUAAAAUAAAAUACGUCAUCUGUAGUUUCCUUCUUUUAAAUGUGAAGAAUGAAUACCAUAGAUUUUUUUUGAACUCUCCAAGACUGACUAAUUUGUUCCCUUUGGCCUUUAGGAAGUAUGCAGUGGGGGAGAGUGAGUGGUGCGGUGUGGUGGCCUCGUCCGAAGGGCUGCUUCCUAGCGAGACGAAGCUGUCACAAAGCGGAAUGGUAAAAAGAGAUGCGUCGCAAAGCGGAAUGGUAACUAGAGGUGCGUCGCAAAGCGGAGUGAAUGUCAUUCAAGUGGGCACCUCACAACAUGCUUCUUCUGUGUGCAUUUCCCGGGAGAGCGAGCACCCAAACGAAGAACCACUCAGCACAGGAACUCAAUCCCGAUGCCAACCCCACGGGAGUAUCCCCCAUUGUGCAUCUAACAGGAGAGGUAGCAACGUGACCGAUGUGAACCCCUUUAUCGAUUCGAUGUUGGCCUCUACGAACGAUGGGAGAAGAUCCUUCGCAGAUGCGUCCGUGUCUGUGUCCGCAUCCGUGUCCACCUUCACGUCCGCCCGCACGUCCACUCCACCGUGCGGGGGGAAUGCCGAAGAGGUGGAAGGGACCACCAUUAGAAGCAUAUCGCUACUGGACGGACAAAGAAUAGCCAACCAUGGAUCGCUCGAGGAAAGAUCCCCUUGCCUCUAUUCAUCCGGAAAAUCGGGGAACCAAGUGAGCCGCAACGAACUGUGCAGCCAGGUCGACACGCACAGAGCAGGCGAGGCACACGGACCAUGCGAGGUACACGGACCAUGCGAAGCACACGAACCAUGCCAAGCACACGACAACAUCGCUAAACCGCACGACAACAUCGCUAAACCGCACGACAACAUCGCUAAACCGCACGACGAUUCCGUGAACCACUCAGGCAGUGUUCCCCACUGCGACCAUUUCUUACGCCACGAUGGAAAGGAGAACAUCACCCUGUUUUUCAUUUUGUCGAUGCUCCGCUUGCACGAGUUGCACGUCGCGUCUAAUUUAAAGUCAGGAGUGGCGUCCUUCACCCGCACUGAUGAUGCAGCGGAAGCAUCGAAUGGGCUGGGUAGCAGUUUCCCCCCAAGUAGGAGUUCCCCAAAUGGGAAGCCCCCAAAUUGGAACCCCCCAAGUGGUCCCCACGCGAGUGAUUUUACCUCCCCCAGCGAAGUAGACUCUUUUUUCGAGCCUUACCAUCUGCACCUGGGAGAGGGGACCUCCAACGCAGAAGAAAAAACAUCACUCACACUAAUCAUGCGAGAUAUUGUAAAGAACGUGGAGGCACACUCCAAAUCAAUUGCGUCGGUGUAUCUACGUCUGGACGAGCCCUUAAGUGUGGCUCCAAUACGAAUGGCAGAUGUGCUCAGGUUAAUUCAGAAUUACGAGAAAGUGGAUCUUUACAUGAAAAGGUUAUCAAACCGGAGAGAAGACGAAGAUAAAGUGCACCGAGGAGAAGUGCACCGAGGAGAAGUGCGCCGAGGAGAAGCGCACCGAGGAGAAGUGCGCCGAGAAGAAGUGCACCGAGAUGACGUGCGCCCAGACGAACAGCUACCAGAAGGGGGAAAAAACUGUAAGGGAUGUCACGCGGCCGAGGACGACCCACUCAUCCUUCGUUUAAAAGCAGAAAUAGAACAACUCACUGCGGAGAAGGACGCCAUGAAUAAAAUGCUGAGUGAAGCUGUGGAUGACAAUGCGAGAUACUCCAAGUUGUGUGCGGACCUUCAGCAGGGCAAGCCCGUGGAGGAGGGAGGCGUCUGCAUGAAUAAGAUCGACUCGUGCAUUAGCAGGAUUGAAGAGCUGCACGCUGAAAUAGAGGUACUCAAGCAGAGGGGGGGGAGCGGCCGAAUUGUAAACUCCUGCCUUCGAGACAGCGACGUCUGCAGCGAGGGUCGCCCCAACGGAGGUGCACACGAAUGGGAUGGCGACCACGAUGAAGAUUGCGACCGCCGUCACGAUGAAGACUGCGACGAAGACUGCGACCGCCAUCACGAUGAAGAUUGCGACCGCGAUCACGAUGAAGACUGCGACGAAGACUGCGACCGCCAUCACGAUGAAGACUGCGACCGCCGUCACGACGACGCUUGUGCCAAGCGCCCCGCUGCGCCCAACCGAGUGAACAAAAAAAACAACCACAACCACAACGAGCAACAUUCUCCAAGGAUCCCAAAUCGACAUAAUUUACAACGUCAUAAUAAUCCUCAGGAACAGCAUCACACAUCUCGUGACCUAUGUGUACAAGAAAACAUCGAAUAA